UUCAAGAUGUCGGCUACUCCAACUUCAUUCUAGGAACAAAACAAGCGUUGUAUUUGUUAGUUUUUUUUUAUAUUACAUCUAUAAUUUAUAAACCAUAUUGUAGCCUUUUUAGUGAAUUUGACGUGAAAGAACUCCAGUUCUACAUCAUGGCGGACCGAAUAAAAAAUAUACCUGAGCAAAAGCUGAAAGCUUUUUCAAUAGGCACAAUGGGCAAAAGAGCUUUAUCCAAGAGAGAACUCAAAGAGCAACGUAAGAAGGAAGAAGAGAGAGCUGCUGCUCAUGUUUUCCAAGAAUUUGUUGAGACAUUUCAAGAAACUCCAAUUAAUGGUGGUAAUAAAGUGUGGGUCAAAGCGGGUACUUACGAUGCAGGAGCAAGGAGGGAGGAUACAAAAGAUAAAGGAAAACUUUAUAAACCACAAUCUAGAAUCUCCACAUCUCAUGAAACUAUGUCUUCAGCUGAGAAGGCUCAAGCUUAUGCUAAAUUAUUGUCAACAGAAAAGAAACCUGAAAGGCUAGGAAAAAAGAAACCCCCAACAAAAAGUAAUUUAGAAGCUUUCAAAGAAGAGUUGAGACAGAUGCAGGAAGAAAGAGAAGAACGUCAUAAGUACAAGGGAGCAUUUAAAAACCCCAUCGAUAAUGAUUUAGAUUUGUUUAUGAGAGGAGGUGACCUUGGAUCAUUUGACAAUGGUGAUCCAACAAAUACAAAUAUUUACCUGGGAAAUUUAAAUCCAAAGAUCACCGAGCAGCAACUCAUGGAAAUAUUUGGGAGGUAUGGACCAUUGGCUAGUAUCAAGAUAAUGUGGCCAAGAUCUGAUGAAGAAAAAGCAAGAGGUAGAAAUUGUGGUUUUGUAGCCUACAUGAGUCGAAAGGAUGGUGAAAGGGCGCUUCGUAAUCUAAAUGGAAAAGAAAUUGAGGGAUAUGAAAUGAAGUUAGGAUGGGGAAAAUCAGUUAUCAUUCCACCGUAUCCUAUCUAUAUACCUCCAAGUCUUCUUGAGUUAGCUAUGCCUCCCCCACCCUCUGGAUUGCCAUUCAAUGCACUGCCAGUUCCUGAAGAUAAGGAUACCCUGCCAAAAUCAGUGGAAGAACUUAACAGAAUACUCCAAAGGGCAGUAGUAAAAGUUGUAAUUCCUACUGACCGCAAUUUAUUGAUGCUCAUUCACAGAACUGUUGAGUUUGUUGUUAGGGAAGGUCCACUCAUCGAAGCAAUGAUAAUGAACAGGGAAAUCAACAAUCCUCAGUUUAGGUUUUUAUUUGAGAAUCAGAGUCCAGCUCAUAUUUACUAUAGGUGGAAACUUUAUUCUAUUUUACAUGGAGAUUCACAGAAAGAAUGGAGUACAAAAGAAUUUAGAAUGUUCAAAGGUGGAUCUAUAUGGAAACCACCCAUCAUGCAUUCAUAUACUGCUGGUAUGCCAGAUGAACUCGUUCUGGAUGAUGAUGGAAAGGAAAACUCAAAGGGUUCUUUGUCCAAUAGUCAGCGUGAUAGACUAGAAGACCUGAUUCGUGGACUCACACUAGAGAAAAUGAAAAUUGGUGAGGUCAUGGUGUUUUGUAUAGAGCACAGCGAUGCAGCCGAUGAAGUUGUGGAAUGUAUAACUGAAUCUUUAUCGAAUCCAAACACACAAAUUUCAAAAAUCAUCGCUAGGCUCUAUUUAGUGUCGGAUAUUCUACAUAAUUGUGGAGUCAAAGUUAACAAAGCAUCGUUCUACAGGAAAGCGUUCGAAGCAAAACUCAUUGAAAUAUUUCAGUAUGUAAAAGCGUAUUAUGAUAAAUUGGAAGGUAGAUUACAGGCCGAGGGCUUUAAGGUACGGGUAUUAAGGAUUUUGAAAGCAUGGGAAGACACGAUAUUCCCACCUGAUUUCAUGACCAGAAUUCACAAUAUCUUUUUGGGUUUGAAAGAGGAAGAAAAAGAAGAAACUGUUGCUGAUUCCAGUUUGAAUAUAGAUGGAGCUCCCAUAGAUCAUGAGAGUGACGAAGAGAUGCCUCCAAUGGAUGGUGCGGCCCUUCUCAAAAACGUCAUGAAACAAUAUAGGAGCCCAUCCCCUGAGCCAGAUAUAGAUGACAUUGACGGGGUUGAAAUCAAGGACAGUUCACUAGAGGAUAAUUCCUUGAAAUUGGAACCUACACUUCCAGGUUUUAUAGUGUCCAAAUGGGAGACGGUGGAUCCUGAGCAGAUUGAAGCUCAAGCCAUGACGACUAGCAAGUGGGACUUGCUAGACAACAGCGGUGACGGUAGUCAAGAUAGCAAUCAGCAUGAUGGGCAAGAUAUUGACUAUUCAGAUUCAAGAAAUAUGACCGAAGAAAGGCGGACAAAACUGAGGGAGAUCGAAGUUAAGGCUGUGCAGUAUCAGGACGAGCUUGAAUCUGGUCAGAGGAGUUUGAAGAGCGGAUGGACUGUUCCGCAGCAGGUGGAGCACUAUCGAAGGAAAUUGCUGAGGAAGUCCGAGAAGGAGAAGAGGGAGAGAGACAAGGAGAAGUCUGAAACUAAAGCGGAAAAGCACAAGAGGGAUUACGACAAGAGUGAAAGGCGAGCUGUGACAGAGAGUUCAGAUGACGAGUCAUACUAUAAGGAACUUACCUCUAGAAAAAGUAAAAAACACGCAAGAAGUUCAUCAAGUGGUUCAACAAGCAAGCACAGGUCGAAAAGUCGAUCACCGCAACGUAGUAGCAAGAAAGCAAAGCCACCACCGUCGCCACCUAGCCCUCCUAGGAUAAGAAGGCAUUCCCCUUCCUCUUCUCGUUCUAGACGUAGUAGAGGUUCCUUGUCCCCUGUUAGUUCUAACGAUAAGUAUGGCUCUCCUGUGCGGAGUAGACAUAGUAAACAUUCCCCUUCUCCUGUUCGUUCCUCGAAAUAUAGAAGGAGUCCAUCGCCUGUUAGGUUUUCCAGACACCUAAGUCCCUCACCUCCCCCUACCUCUAGGUCUAGACAUCGUUCACCAGACUCCUCCAGGAAACACCGUCAUAAGCACAAGUACUAGGCUUAUCUUUGGUCUCUAUGUUCAUUAUUUUCCGAGCCAUCAAUAUUUGGUUCAUUUCUUGGAUUUUUAGUGUACAAAGAACUAUUCGAGAAUUUUUGUAAUUUUUUAGCAGUGUGUCAAUUGAAUUGAACUCUUCCUCAGAGUAUUUCAGGAGUUUUGCUUUCAUUUUUCAAUGACUUAUAGUUUAUCUGGAUGUAGACGAUAUAUAUUUUUUUCUAAUGAACUUGAAGUGAGUCUCGAGUUUCGUACUAUUGUUGAAUGGAUGAAUAUAAAUAAAGUUACACUUUUUUUUAUAAUUUCUUACCAUUUAAGUUUUGGAUAUGUACAUAGUGUAAAAUAUCAUUUACGUUAGUUGUUUACUUAUUGAUUCCAAAUAACUGUCGGAUUAGAAUAUAAUUUUGUUCAAUGUU